CCCAGCAGCCGUGAUCAAUCACGUCGAACUUCGAUGCUCCUCCUGCUCCAUGAACUCUCACCGAAGCCACGAAUUGUCACCCUUACCACGCCCAUUACGGUUCUGUAGAAAAUUCCAAAACGAUCUGCGAUGAUUCUGCCCGUGAAGCUACUUCUUUCCACCAAUUGCCGAGUUUAGGGUUUCGGUAGUGCGUGUUCGUGGUCGCUGUGAAGCAGUCGGUGGUGACGAGAUAGCCCUGCUUUUGGGUGGUUCGAAAAGCAAUGACAGGACCUGUGAAGAGAAGAUUUCCGAAGUCUGCCAAGCCUGCUCCAGCUGUAACCCAUGCUAGUCUUUUACACGCGAGGAGACCUCCACCUGCUCCUAAAGCCAGCUCAACCAUUACACCAGUUGCUCCGAAAGCCAACUCAAUCGCAACACCAGCUGCGCCUAAUGUCAGCUCCAGCGGGUUACCAGCAGACUUCUUUGACACACCGAGUGCACCAACCUCUAAACUACCUGCGGACUUUUUUGAUUCCUCGAAUGCCCCAAGUGCCAAAAGAGUGUGUAUUGAUGACAAGGUUCAAACAACAAGUAGUUCUCCAACUUUUCAGGAACCAGUUGUUCAAACGUUGCUAAAUAGAGCUGUGCAACCUGCAAAACCUACACCUCCCUCUGCUGAGAAUGAUGCUGUCACUGGGACGGUUCCCGAAGGUUUUUUUGAUAAUGUUGAUGCCGACCACCGUGCUAGAGGUCUAGAACCUCCCAAAGUUGACAUCAAGGAGGAAUACAAAGAGUUUCAGAAGAGUAUAAAGGUGGAUUUGGUGGCAGUCGAUAUUCAGCAAGAAGAAGAUGAGGAAGAAGCAGCAGACAUUAGAGAAGAACUCCAGGAGAUUGAGCAGAGAUCUUUUAUGGAGAGGGUUGAGAUGCUACGGAAGGCGAAAGAAGAAAGAGUGUCAAAGGUGAAAGCAGAGAGCGUAGUGGCGUUUCCUGCUACUAUGGGUGCUGACGAUUACGACGAGUCUGAAGACGAGGAGGACGACGAUGACAUUGCCUAUGACUGGAGAGCAAAAGAAAUAUAGAAUGAUGCGGUGGCAUACAGAAUGGAAGCAUUAAUCCUCAAGAAAAUCUGUAAUGGGUCCAGUUUUGGUAAUUUUACCGACAUUGUUGUUGGACACCAGCAGAGGUGACUAAAGAAUAGCGUCACACGGGUAUCAUCGAGUUUAUUUAGAACGAGGAGAGUGACACAAUCCGACAAUCCGCAUGUUAAUGUUGUAGAGAAAUUGCCAAAUAAUUUUGAACUGGGAAUUCCUUUGGAUACUGUUACAUCCAUCGUCCCUUUAUCUGAAGAAUACACGUACUUUUAUAGGAUUUUUUCCUUUCUUAAUCUUAAGUUUCAGUUAAUGAGCAAAGCUUGAGCUACAUAUAUUCUUAUA